AUGUUCACUUUCUUUCGUUGUGCGCGUGCUGUCGCGUGUCGAGGGGGUGCCUCCGGAAUGGCGACGGAAGGUUUAAGUAAGAACGCCCUAAAAAGGCAGUUGAAAGCUGCUGAAAAACAGAAGAAAAAGGCCGAGUCAGUAGUCAACUCUUUGAAUCAAAGACCGAAAUCAAAGGCAGCUGCGGAGGAGGAGCUCGAUGCCACUCAAUACUUUGAAAUGCGCAAAGCUGCCAUUCAAAGAAUGAAGUCUGGUCCUAUUCAGCCUUAUCCACAUAAAUUUCAUGUCACUCUCAGUAUCAGUGACUAUAUUGAGAAAUACAGCUCCUUGAAACCCGGCCAGCAUUUGGAUGAUGUUGAAGUUAGCAUUUCAGGCAGGAUUUAUGCUAAGCGUGAGUCUGGCUCCAAAUUAGUAUUCUACGACGUGAUGUCGGAGGGCAAAAAGUUGCAGGUGAUGUCCAGCCUGAACGAGUAUCACGCAGAGAUGGAGUUUUACGAAAUCAAUGAGAUGCUGCACCGUGGUGACGUGGUUGGGGUUGUGGGAAAGCCAGGGAAAUCGAAGCUCGGUGAACUGUCCAUCUUACCCAAGAAGAUGGUUCUGCUGGCCCCCUGUCUGCAGCAGUUGCCCCAUCUCCACUUUGGCCUUAAGGAUAAGGAGACUCGUUUCAGACAACGUUACCUUGAUCUCAUAAUGAACGAUGACGUCCGUAAACGCUUCAUCAUGCGGGCGCAAAUUAUUGACUAUGUGCGUCGCUUCCUCAAUUCCAUGGGUUUUGUUGAGGUUGAAACUCCCAUGAUGAGCAUACUGCCUGGUGGUGCGGCCGCCAAGCCCUUCGUUACGCAUCACAAUGAUUUGGAUCUGGACCUCUACUUACGCGUAUCACCCGAACUCUUCCUCAAGAUGCUUGUCGUAGGUGGAAUGCCGCGUGUUUACGAGAUCGGCAAACUCUUCCGUAACGAGGGCAUUGAUCUCACUCACAACCCAGAAUUCACCUCGUGCGAGUUUUAUAUGGCUUUUGCUGACUACAACGACCUCAUUACAAUUACUGAGGAUUUGCUCUCCGGUAUGGUGAUGAAGUUGUUCGGCACCUACAAGGUGACUUACCAGCCGGAGCCCGACAUGCUCCCACAGGAGGUCGACUUUACGCCGCCCUUUAAACGUAUCGACCUCUACGAGGCUUUGAAGGAGUACUAUCCGGGUGCGGAGUUCCCACCUCCGGAGACUCUUCACACCGAGGAGGCUCGUCUCAAACUGGUAGCCAUUACUGAGAAAUUUGAUAUUCAAUGCAGCGAACCAAAAACCUCUGCGCGACUCCUGGACAAGCUUGUGGGUGAGCGAAUCGAGCCUCUAUGCGUUAAUCCCACCUUCAUCAUGAACCAUCCGGAAGUUAUGAGCCCUCUGGCCAAGUGGCACCGCUCGCGACCAGGUCUCACUGAGCGCUUCGAACUGUUCUGCCUCACCAAGGAGCUUAUCAACGCGUACACUGAGUUAAACGACCCCGUCGUCCAGCGUGAACGCUUCGAGGAGCAAGCUAAGGAUAAGGCCGCGGGAGACGACGAGGCAAUGUUUGUGGAUGAAAACUUUGUGAACGCUCUCACCUACGGUCUAGCUCCUACCGCAGGCUGGGGUUUUGGUAUUGACCGAUUCAUGAUGUUCAUGUCGAACACAAACAAUAUUCGAGAGGUCAUCAUCUUCCCCACCAUGCGGCCGGAGGAGGGCAAUGCUCCCUGUAGCAAGCAUCAGUUGAAGAAACAGCAGGCGAACUCGGGGGAUGCGGUUAGUUGCUGCUGUCCCGUACGAGGGUGCCAACCUGCCUGCGGGACACAACAAGCCUUCGUUCCAUUGACGGAAGCCAUCUAA